AAGUUCCAGAUUACUGGGUGAUCACAGUCGAUUAGAAAAACAAAUUCCACAAAUUCAAUCUGUCCACCAGCAGUAAAGAAUACCGGGAUAUUGAAGCUGAAUUCUGUAAAACUGCUACAAAUCAAAUUGUCAGCAUCGAAAGAAUACAAAAUAGAGAAAUUUAUAGGUUGUAUAAUGUGAAACGCCAAGCAAUGGUGAACAAAUAUGGGAGCAACCUUUCUGGGAAAGAAUUGAUGCUGUUCCACGGCACCUCACCUGAGAAUAUUGAAAAAAUUCAUGCUAAAGGAUUAAACAGAAGUUAUGCAGGAGGACAUGGUAAGUUGUUGUAUUCCGACAUACAUUUAUUAUGUUAUGUUUUUGUUAACGUAAUAUUAUUCUUUGUGCUCUGUCCCUUCUCGCGUAGUGUCCUACAAUCAGUAUAUCUCAGCAUGCAGGUACAUCAAAAGCAGCUGAGUCAAAAUGUAGACUUGUGAAUUGUGAUUCGUCGUGACUAUUAGACUAUAGGCUGGUCACACUAUCAAUAUUUUUGAACAAGUUGCAAGAUGAGUAUUUGAGAGAAGUGACUUACUGUUUUCUCAAACAUGCAUUUCUUACAAAUUCUUCCGCAAAACAUAGAAUUUACCCAUGCAAAAUUCCCACUGUGAUCACAGAACCUUUGAUAAUGACCAGCCAUAUGAAAACGUCAAUGUUAUUGGAUAAUCUUCAAGAGUUUCAUGAGUCUUUCAUGAUAUUUGGUAACAUAAAUGAACUCAAAGUUUAUGCAAAUCAGCAUGAUUUUGUGUCAGAUAUACAAACUCCUCCACGGUCAUCGGGUCAUGAUUUCUUCAUAAAUUAUUAAUGCUUUUACAACCAACAUUUCCGUCGCUAAUUAAUAUUUCCCCCCCCCCCCAAAUUGUUGGCGAGCAGGGGGAGGGGUGUUUUUCACAGAACAUACUAUUCGUUAUUUUUCUUCUAAUGAGCUUCAUUUUCUCUUUAUUCAGGCACGGCUUUUGGUAGAGGUGUUUAUUUCGCCCGAGACGCCAACUAUUCCGGUCGACAAAGGUACUCACCCCCAGACUCACGGGGUCUUCGCUACAUGUAUUACGCCAAAGUGUUGGUCGGUGAAUACACGCAAGGAAACCCUAAUAUGAUAGUAGCUCCCAGUAAAAAUUCAGGAAAUCCGAAUGAAACAUAUGACUCGGUGGUCAACGACGUUGCUAAACCAAGUAUUUAUGUUCUGUUUCAGGACUAUGAAUAUUACACUGAGUACCUUAUCACUUUUAAAUAACUUUUAAAUGACUUUAAGUUCACUAACAUGAAAGUAUAAUCUGUUAGAACGAUAAUUACAGAAUUAAAUUUUUUAGAAGUGUCAACAACAUAUUAG